AGGAAGGAGACAGCGGCGAGGAGGAGGAAGCUCAUCACACAGAGCGCCGUUCUGCAUCCAAAAAUCUUGACGCGGGGUCGAUGUGCUGUGACCGCCGAAUCUGUUCCGGUCACAGCUCUCCUCGGAGACCACAGGGAAGGCAGGAGAGAGCAGGGACACAUCCCUGACGGACAAAAAGAGACAGGAAAAGAAGAAAAAAAAAAAAAGCCCUCAAACAUCAACAUACUGCCAGAGGUAACGACCGGAGCGUUGUGUUGAGGAGCGACAUCUUCUCCCAUGUUGGCAUCUGGAUCAGCGGAUGCAGACAUUGAAGGCUCAGCAGAUUCAGAGAGGACCUCCACCCGCAAAGGGACAAGUUCUCACACCAAGUAGAGAGCUGCAGGCAGUGAGGAAGAGUGAGAAGCAGUGCCUGUCAAUUCAGAGAUGCGGAUGGCCACGGAAGACAUGAACAGCAGCCAACCUGGCACCAGGACAACUUCCACUUGCCAAUUUAUACUUAAAAAAUUAAAUGUAGCCCCUUAAUUAAAUGAUUGAUACAGUUUUCCUACACACAUACUGCCAACAAAGUGAUGUGCUCCAUUCCUGCAUUUGAUUCUACUUUGAUAUGUUUGUAAUUUCGUUUUAUAGUAUGAAAAGCUAAAGGGAAACUGUGACUAAACCCAAACAGCAACUGAAAUAUAUAUAAAAAAAGGACAAGUAACUCUACCCAAAAGUAUAAAACAGUCCCUCACACAAUUUUUAAUUGCUCUAGCCAACAUGAAUAAAUGUUAGAUGGCAAGCCUCUCUGGUCCGCUGUCUCUAAUGGAUAUUGCAGUGACAUCUGAAAUGGCCCAGAGUACAGGGAAGCUGCGACACAACACGGCUGGAGGUUCUUCAUCAGGGAUCUUAUCCACAGUCAACUCCUGCCUCUGUUGGCUUGUGCUGCUGUCACUAUUUCGGUUGCCAGUGGUAACAGCUGACUGCUGGCUUAUCGAAGGGGAGAAGGGCUUUGUGUGGCUGGCUAUUUGCAGUAUGAACCAACCUCCCUAUGAGGCCAUCCCCUCCCACAUUAACAGCACGAUUGUGGAUCUGAGGCUAAACGAGAACAAGAUUCGGUCAAUCCAUUAUUCUUCACUCAGUCGCUUCGGCAACCUCACCUAUCUGAACCUCACCAAAAAUGAUAUCAGCUAUGUGGAAGACGGAGCAUUCUCAGCACAGUUCAACCUACAGGUUCUCCAGAUGGGAUUUAACAAGUUGAGGAACCUGACAGAGGGGAUGCUGCGAGGCCUGGGCAAACUGCAGUAUCUCUACCUGCAAGCCAAUCUCAUUGAGACUGUCACACCCAACACCUUCUGGGAAUGUCCGAACAUAGAGAACAUAGACCUCUCCAUGAACAGGAUCCAGGUGUUGGAUGGCAGUUUGUUCUCUGGACUCUCCAAGCUGACCACCUGUGAACUUUACACAAACCCCUUCAACUGCUCCUGUGAGCUGCUGGGUUUCCUGCGCUGGCUCUCCGCCUUCCCAAACCGGACCACUGAGAGGAUGGUGUGCGACUCCCCUCAAGGAUUCUCCGGCUACAAUCUGCUGAGUCAGAAUCCCCGCAUGCCCAUGCAGCGCAAUGCACUGCACGUGCUCAGUCUUGUAUGCAUGUAUGACGAUGGCAGCAGCGUGACACCAUUCUACAUCAUUGACUCUACUACCCAGUCUCCAGAUUUCGCCUCUCCCUGCGGGCUGGAUGAUUGUGCCUCUGGGACCCCUCCUGAUGAUGUAAUAAGUCUGAGCCCCAUUUUCUCUGAUGCCAAGCCAGUCAUGACAAUAAAACAAGUGCAGCAUUCGAGUGCUGUGAUAACGGUUCAAAUUCCUCAUCCAUACAGGAAAAUGUACAUCCUAAUGCUCUACAACAACAGCUUCUUCAUAGACAUCCAGAAUCUGAAAAAUCAAAGAGAAGACAUUGAACUUAAGAACUUAAAACCCAACACUGACUAUACCUACUGUGUGGCUUCUAUACGAAACUCUCUGAGGUUCAAUCACACCUGUCUGACCAUCUCCACUGGCCGCAGAACUGGAGUGGAAAGGAUACCUAACCAGAUGUCAGCCACCCACUAUAUUAUGACUAUUCUGGGCUGUCUGUUUGGCAUGUUGCUCUUCCUUGGCCUUGUUGUCCACUGUCUGAGGAAGAAGAGGAUCAUGGAGGAGAAAGAGAGAAAGAUGAGCAGGAUCCAAAGGACUCUGAUAGAGCUCAAAUAUGGUGGAGAAGGGGAUAUAGAAGGCGGGAGUGGAGAAUCUGCUUCCCAGAAUCUUCCUGCUGGGGACAGCUUGUCAAGAAUGCCUUACAUGCCCCAAGGUGGAGAGAUAGAUCCAUACAAGAUCCAGGAUGUGAUAGAAACACCAGGUCAUAAGCCUGCUAAACUGAACUACAUGGAUGUCAGAGGCUCGGCCAUAGAGAGAGAGAUGUCCCCGCAAGAAAAUCCCCAGGGCUCAGUAGCAGAGAUUUCUACCAUCGCUAAAGAAGUUGAUAAAGUCAACCAGAUCAUCAACAACUGUAUAGAUGCUCUCAAAUCUGAGUCGACCUCCUUUCAGCAAGGAAUUAAAUCACCCUCUUCUGCAGGUGGAGGAGCCGUUUCGACUGCAGAGCCACAGCUGGUGCUUCUGUCUGAGCAAGGAGAAAGAGGAGAAAGAGGAAAUGAGUUCCUUUCCCCGGCAUAUAAAGGAGGGAGAGGAGGAAGAGAAGAAAGAGGACGGGCUUACCACCACUCACUGCAGCGACACCAUAGCAUGGAAGCUCCUGCAACCUCUAAAAGACCAAGUACCUCCUCUUCUCCCGGCUCUGCCAGGAGCCCUCGCUCCUUCCGUUCAGAAGGAGGGUACCACUCAUCAGAGUCUCGCUACAUUGAGAGAGCCUCACCUGGAGAAAGAAAAGAUAGGGGAGGUGGCGGAGGAGAUGCCAUCCGCACCAUCACUCCGGCAGCAGCUAUCCUGCGAGCUGAAGCCCAGAGAAUCCGCCAGUACAAUGAACAUCGCCACUCCUACCCCGGCUCCCAGCAGCAUCUCCAGGAGCUACAGCACAACCCCCAGAUCAUGCAGGAGCUCCACCACCACCCAGGGGGCCGCAAGCCCUCCGUUUUAGACCCCAUCACUCUCAACAGGCAAGCUAAACAGCGCGAGUUAACCUACUCCCAGCUUUCAUCACAUUACCCACUCUCGCCCCAGUACCACAACCUCAGCUACUGCUCCAGUCCUGAGGAAGACGAGGAGGAGGAAGGUCUCCUAUGCACCCCAACCCUGGGGCUUUGGGAGAGGUUCAAACUGCACCGCAAGAGGCACCGGCAGGCCUCCAUGGAGGACGAAGGAUAUGUGGCAGCUGGACACGCACUGAGGCAAAAGGUUCAGUUUGCAAAGGAUGAAGAUCUUCAUGACAUACUGGACUACUGGAAGGGUGUAUCUGCCCAGCAGAAGGCUUAAACCCAUAUGCGGGGAACCGUAAAACCUGGUUUUAAGGAAAGAAGGACACUCCAUUCAUAAAAUAUUGUUAAACACACAAGACCUGUAAAUACAAACAAACAUACAUAUACAUAAUCAGAUUACACACACAGUUACCCACAUGCAGACGCAAAAACAAACUUCACUCAAACUAAGCCUUUUCCUCCCAGAACAUGGAUGAGGACCAAACUCAUAUAUUAUCUAGAAAAACAUUCAUAAUGUAAUAGAGACUGAGUUAAUUUUUGUAAAGUACUGGAAAUUAUAGCUCAGACUUACUUAUGUAGCUCUUUGUACUACGUUUUGAAUUGAGGGGCAAAAUAGAAUUAACAUUGCAAAUAGAAACCUUAAUUGUUGUUGGGGAACCCAUCCUGAAAAGCUUUUGAUCUUACCCGACAUGGCCAUGCGUCAAACAGCAGAAUGACCUCACCAAACGCAGCGAUCAUAAUACUGAUGAUUUGAUAAAGAACCGCUUUGCUGGGCAAGUUGUUGAUGUGCACUGGGCUACAGCAACAACAGCAGAAAUAUUUUGACAAAUUUGUUGUGAUUUAGGUGAUUGAAAAGAUCAAUAUGACAAUUUCUGGAUGGGUCACCAACCAACAGUAAUAUUUAACUGUGCUGAGAAUUAGUAGGUAGUUCUCACCAGAGAGUGAGUUUAAUGUGCCAAAUCAACCAAGGGGAUAGAGGAGCCCUACUGUGUACCAACAUCUCCUCAACAGUUUUUAUAUUCAGAAUUUAAAAGAAAAGAAAAAAGGAUGAUACGUUGUUGUUAUUAUUCAUUAUUCUUAUUCUCAUAACUGGUCUUCUUCUUAUUCCUAUGAUCCUCUUCAUUAAUAUUCUAUUAUUUGAAUAUGGCAUGGCUAUAUCGCGUGACUGUGUUUUUUUGGACUGUUUUGAACUUCUCAGCUGAGACGUGCACAACAACAGAGACAAACAGUACAAUGGAAGAGACAUUUGAGUCCUCCUUUUCUAUACCAAGAGGAAUGUGUUCCUUCUGCUGAGCCAAAAACGAGCUGGCCUUUUCUCUUGGUGAAAUCCUGAUACACCUGCUCCUCAUCCUACUAAAGAACGCUGUACAGAUGAGAGAAGAGUUCUAUAUUUGCAACAGAAGAGACUGUUUUCUUUGUACAACAUGGUUUUGAAAUCUUUCUGACUUUUCAGAAAUAUCAGAGUCCCAAGCUAGUUACCUACCUUCUCACUUAACACUGGUACGUUUUUGAUUUUGAAAUCGAACUAAAAAUUUCAAAUCUUCAAAUGAAUGUCAAUUCCCACAAGGGGGGAAAAACGUAUCUGCACUGUUCAAAAUCAAAAAACGACUCUUAGGAAAAGACCUGAAACUCCCAGCUUCCCUCCCGACACGCCGUAGCUUUACUGUGUUUUAUCGACAUUUCAUAUCUUCGCAGAUUUUUAUCUUGUUUUGGAUACUUCUGGUUCCACUGUGGUUCCAUUGUGCCAACUUAAUAAUUCAUAAGUAUUUGAAAUACUACUAUUUACAGAUCUUGUCUCAUUAAUAUAAUGAUACACAUCACUUUGCCAAACCGAACAACAAUUUGCACAAGACGAUCCACUAUCAUUGGCUCACUGUUCCCUUUUUACCCUCCAAUCAUUUCUAAGACCAAAGUACUGUGGUAGUAAAUUGAUCCUUACAGCCUCUAAACAGAAGUAUAGACCCACCGUCUCCCUUACAGUUACAACGUUGCAUACACACACACAUACACACACAUAUACAGACAAGGUUACUUGUGCUCAUGGAGCCACAAAGAGAUGAAUGUAUUCUUUUAGAAGUUAAUUCUGUUUCACAGCUGGAUUCUGAUGCUCAAGCUGAAUUUUCUGUCUUUUGGCAGAAAACGUCCUUCAUGUCGCCAUCUGUAUUUCAAAACUGGAUAUAAAUAAGGAAUUAUUGGCUCUCUACAAAAUGAAUUAUUACCAAAUUGAUGCUCAUGAAAGUCCAUUUUGUUACGAAAGACCAAACUAUCCCUGCAACCAUCUGUUGGAGUUAAUAGCAGUGGGAUUUUAUACGAGAAGUGUUAUGGUAAAAUGUGAUUAGUAUCACUUGUGUGGUGAGAAGAUACUAUGUGUACUAUAUCUUAAAUAUAUGUAGGAUUUAAAUACUGGUGCCAAACUAGACACAAUCAUGUUCUUAUAUUCUGUAGAAUAUUCUACACAGAACUGUGUUAUGACUUUAUAAGAAAGAAAACCAGGGAUGGAGUCAAACGAGUUUCCAUUCAGCAGAUUUUGUAUUUAACAGCCUGUAGUGUCCACAUUAUUGACUAUAACUUGUGAUUGCAAAUAAGAAGUAGAUUUCACCCCUUUUGCUUUGUAAUUUCAAAACAAAAUUGACUCCAACCUUGGACAAGACUGAGAGCAACACAAACAAUGAAGUGUUGUAUUUGGUAAAUGAAAAAACGUGAAAAUGAAAUAUUUUUCUCUGCUGUAAUGAGUUCAGAAUGCUCAACUCAUAAAUGCUGGUUAAAGCCAUGAUCAUGGGUUUGUAAAAUCCCCACAACUGUUUGUAGCACUGCAAAAGCACAUUAAAUUGUGUAGUUCCUGAUACUGCAGCGGCUUUGACACGGUUCAUCUGCUUCUGCAGCAAACAAUCCAACUCUGAUCCAAGAGGAAACUGUUGAGCUGUGGUUGGUUUUGCUUUAUAAGCCCCAGAUUGUGGUUUUAACUAAACAACAGCCUUAAAACAUAUGAUUUUCUUUAAUGUUUUUAACAGCAGUUAGCAUUGCUUUGAAAAUAUGAAAAGGUACAAAAAAAUAUUUCUUAACUCAUACUUUCCUGAUUGCAGUUUUAUAAUUGCUUGAUUCUUAAGCCUCACUUGAGCAUUCUUUAAGUAACAGUAAUAUAUAUGUAGCGAUGUAUUCAAUUACUGUUUUGUUUUUGUUUUUGUUUUCUUCUUUGUUUCAGUUCUGUUAUGAACAGUAAUAGUCUGACUUUUGUCUUGUGCUGAAGAGUAGCAGUGAUCAUCUACAACGAGAUGCCAACAAGGAGGCGGUCCAUACGACCGCUCAAAGGUGAUCGCAAUCAGCGUGGCUGUUCUUUGAAUUGCAGUUAAGAUAAACUGUGUUUUUGAAACCACAAUGCCUAGAAAGUGGAAAUAAAAUGAGGUCCUGUUGACAACAGACAGACAUGACAACGGAGCAUGCUGCGAGGAAACACUCAGUGGAAGCUUGUGUUAUAUUCGUCGAGUGAAUGACUCAGGAGUGAGAUGCCGAGAGAGCUUGAGUGUAAGAGGAACGCUCUCCCACAGGAUCUCACAGAGGCUUUCUUUAUUUUCUUGUCAAAUAAUUAAAAUGAGCACAAUAAAACAGCUUUCCUUAUGCUGUCUCCUUUUUUGGAGAAAUCAUGUGUCUGCUUCAACAAACCUAGAACUUUAAUUUCACUCUUCAGAUACAUUUGAUGGAUAACUCUUGACUACAUGUUUACAGGGUCAAUUUUAUUGAUUACAAAAAAGAAAAAACUGCUUAUAGCCACAUAUUU